AUGGGCUUUGAAACAUCUCUGUAUACGGUUGAGGCCGUGAUUCUUUUGGAUAACACUGGAAAAAGACUAUUUGCAAAGUAUUACAAGGCACCACAUGAAAAUGCUGUUGAGGAAUUGAUUGUAUCAAAAAGCAGGCAGCUACAGUUUGAGAAGAUGCUAUUUUCAAAGACAUAUAAACAGAAUAGUGAUGUUUUACUAGCUGACAAUCACACAAUCGUUUACAAGGAAUUUACAGAGUCCAUAUUGUACGUCGUCGGAUCACUAUCGGAAAAUGAGGUUUUGCUAUACAAUGUUUUACAAGGACUUACGGGGGCAUUUGAGAUCUUGCUGAAUGAGGUUGAUAAGAGAGCAAUUCUAGAAAAUUAUGAUCUUGUGGCUUUGGGUAUAGAUGAAACUAUUGAUGACGGUGUCGUUUUAGAAACAGACCCAUCUGCAAUUGCUGCAAGAGUGACAUCCGCUCCAUCAGAAGAUGCUACUGAUAUUAAGAUAGAUCUCUCUGAGCGUGGUCUUAUGAAUGUGUUCAACUUCGCUAAAAAGAACAUAACAGAGAGAUUGCAACAAGGGUUCUAA